AUGCCUUCGGAGUGGAUAUACAUUUCACAACCUACAAGCAAGCUCAAUCAACGCAUCGUGCACUUCCCCCGAGACUCGAAUUUCGCUCGAUGGGAUCACGUAUAUGGCCGUCCAAAGCCUAAGAACGCGAGAACCUUCAACGCAUAUAGGAAACGGCUUUGGGCUCCACCUCCAACACCGAAGAAGGAACCGAGUCCUUGGUUGAAUCUGGUCCCGACAUGGCUUCAACAUAUGCCAACGUGGCCGGUAAAGCAAGUAAAAGUUCAGUCUCUUGGAAAGAAUCACGUAAUGGAACCUCCCGAAGAAGACUUUAUGAUGAGCGGCGCCUUGCCUGUCGAGAAGGAUACGAGGGAUUUCGAACCAACUAGUGAGGAAAAUCAAGUCCGGCCUGCGCCAGCAUAUGAGGAGGUCUCACCGAUUUGGGACUGUGUGGAGGCCAGAGAAAUUGAGUUAGGACUUUGCUGA